UUCGAAAUGCAAAGGCUUAGCGAAUUGGAAUCCAGAGAAUAUCAAGCAAAACACAGUUGUCUGGUAUCUUAAUAACUAACACGCACAUGUAAAUUUUGAUGGAUAUCCAUUAGAAUCUGAGCCCAUACGAUGGUCUGUGUUAAAAUGACAGAGUCGCCCGAGACGAACUUCUUCGAGUGCCCUGAUUCCAGAACGAGGCUUAGAAUCUGUCAUGGCUGACCGGGUUGUAAACAAAGUCCAGUGAUCAGCGAUCAAGAACUACAGGGGCGGGCAUCCAUAGACUAACCACGGGUACAGUUAACCAAGAGGCUGGCGGCUUCAAUGAGGAAAGACGGGGAUAGUCAGCCUCCAGGGGGAGCCAAGAAGUUCCUUUACACGGGUCCCAAGUCUAAGGAACAUGCCGAAGAGGAUCAGAUGAACUUCGCUCCUCGGAAAAACUCCAGCUCCUCAACAUCGGCAAUUGACCUGGACGGGGUGUGGAGUAUCAAGAGGAAUGUCGGCAUCGGAACUGCCCAACAGGACAAGCUCAACUUGAACGCCAACAAGAGCUUCUACUCCAGGCAUGGCGGCAUGAAAGACUCAAGUGCAUCAUGUUCCAUGCCUGGUGCCGUGGGAGAUGGCAUGUGGACACCCGGAAGACGAGGGUACAGCUACUCUCCGGGAGCCAAUGUCAAGGACACUCGGGGUCAGAGUUCACAAGGACAAACAAAUAAAUGGGCCAAUGAUGACCAUGAUUUCUGACUUCUAACAAGUGCUAAUAUGUUAAUCAUAUGACCCAUGAACAUGGAUGGGUUUUUUUACGUUGCCUUACUUGUGACAAGAUAGACACCUUACUUGUGUCCAGAAUGAGGUUUAGUGCCACCAAGUUCAGAAUUUAUAAGUGCUUCAUCUGUUAUUAUCGUAGACCAGUGUCAUCACUGUUGUUCAACCAUGGUUAACUGGUGUUGGAGGAAGUCGAGGAGGAACUGUUUCUCAGAAUUCACAAGUUACAAGGUCAGAUUUCCAAAUAUGUGUAGUUGAGUUCUGUUGAUUAAUUUUUUGCACCAAAAAUGGCAUUUUUUGCCACUGUGCAGACAUCAACAUUAUCAAAGAACACUAAAGUGAAAUCCCAACAUUCAUGAAAAUAUAUUAUGAUCGUUUUCUACACACCAUAAAGACAUAUAAUCAUCAACCUGUCCAUCUUUUGGCAAUUUCUCUGUCAUAGAUCUCAUAUAUUAAGUACAACACAGACAGGUGAGUGUAUCACUGUUUACUUUCAAGAUCCCAUUCGUCACCACUCGCCCCUUUCUGUAACCUGCAAGAAGACUUGUCUCCCCAUCGAUGAAUGUCAUGUGUGAAAUUACAACAAACCAAUCAGAAAGCGUGUAUGGUUUCAAGUUCUUCCUCAAAGAAUCCCUCAGAAAUGAUUUUUGUUUUUACAUAUGUCUUGCAUCUACAAAUAUACCCAAGACACAGUUAAAUGUGUUCAAUCAUACUGUAUAAUUCUGCAUGUCUCGAAGUGCUUUAAAUUGCAUCUAAAAUAUAUAUUGUAUAUGGGGAAAUAUAUGUGAACCAUUACAAUUGACAACUGUUUUAAGUAUGCCCGUCUGCCCUAAGGCGGAACCCAGUCGCAAAAAUUGCCAUGAGAGGGGCACGAGUCGCUAUUAGGCUUGUCCCGGAAUAACACAAGUUGGUCACGAAUGGAAAGAUCCCAGUGUAAGGGAGAUAACCCAUGAUCCUGCUAACAUAGGUACCACUGCAUAUAUGUUAUGGACAGAAUGGUGGUUGUGUAUUUUAACCCAUUAAUCUGAAAAAGUGUUCCUGACUUAGAAUGGAAUCUGUGUGUCACAUGACAUAAUCAUCUAUUAGUGUAUUUGGAACAAGCUGUAGCCUGUGAUAUUGGCAUAUCAUAACCUCUCAUUUGUUUUGUUUGUGUUUUAUCAUGGCAAAUAUGCAUUCAAGAUGCAAUGGUUUUUAAGUUCAUUUUUAUAUUUUUAUAAUGAACAAGAUAUAUGUAAGCAGAUAUUUCUGGUGUUGUUUAAAAUUAAUGGAUGAUCAGUUUGUUGUGACCGAAAUUGAUUUUUUUCCAAAUUGUCAAAAGGACAUAAAGAUUUGGUGUGUAUGACUUUGAGUACAACAAUUGUGCAGCAUAUUCUAGGUGUUCCAUGGAGUGAUAUGGCUGUAAAACUAACUGUUGUACAGCACCUCACUCAACUUGGCCUCCAUGAGUAUCCCUCAAGGUCUUGGUUCAGAACCAGUGUCAUUAGUCGUGUGUCUUGUGUCAGACUCAGGUACCUGGAAGGAUGACGACUCCAGGACUUGAGUACUUGAUUGGGGGAAUUGCUAUUGAAAUCAAGGAAUUGAAAGGGGGGUUACUCUUGAAAUCAAAUAACUGAUAGAGAGAACCCUGGACUUAAGGUCUUGAAAGGGAGAGAACUCCAGAGCUUGGAAGGGAGAUGUUUCCUUGGACAAGGACACCAAGACAAAUAACAGAACUGUUAAUUAACGGUUUGUUUGAAAUUAGUUUACAGAUGCACUUGCACCCAAAAUAUUGAAAAGUGUGUGAAGCAUUUAUCUGAAAAGAACUGUUAACUGUUUGGACACAUGUAAAAAUAUGUGCAAGACAAACUUAACUAACACUGCCUAAAUGGCAACAUAAGUUUUGGAAGAACAAAAAACAAAAAUAAUCUGAAAUGUCUGUUUCAUAUGUCCCCUAGUCCUCAAUGCCUACCAGGAUUUUGCAGGAAAGCAUCUGUAAACAAGGAAAUAGUCUGGUUUAAGAUUAGCAACUAGUGUCAUUGCACAAGUACACAAGUCUUACAGAUGGAUCUGUCUUGUGAUGCGCAUGGAAUAACACAAGACAUGGUCACAGAAGACAUGGUAUAACUUCCCUGUCACCGGAGUACCGGUAUUUGUUACAUGGUGAAUCUUGCCAUUAACGUUUGACUUUAUUAUCCCACACCACAAAAUGGAAGGGGGAUAUAGGAAUGGGUGCUGUCUGUCCAUCCAUCCGUCCGUCCGUCACAUUUUGUUUCUGGAGCAGAACUCAAAAACCAGGAGAGAUAUCUUAACCAAACUGGGCACAUAGAUAUGUCUUGUGGUGAACUUGGGCCUUUUGAUAGUAUUGGAUUUUUUAAGAAUUAAUUUUUUCGAAUUUCCUUGGCAAAGAUUCUGAUUUAGACUGAAAAUGGCAGUAGUGCUCUACAUAACCAGACAUGUCAUAUUGGCGGGGGAUGUGAGUAUUUCAUGCUUGUUUAGUUUGUUUUAGAUGUUGUGAAACUGACAUUGUAUGCAGAGCGGUCUUGUUUAUUGUUUGUGUAUUUUGUGGGGAAUUUAUAACCCUGUGUAAUGUUUUUAUCUCUUUAUUGUUUUUUUAACCCUGUUUUGACUGAACUGUCUUAAUAGUUAAGAACAAUGUGGCAGGUUUAUGCAAUGUGUAGCUCAGGAUUGCCAUGAACAUUGCAGUUGAAUACUGACAGGGAAUAUCUUAGGGAAUACUGGACCAAUUUCAUUGUGGUUAAGAACUGGAAUUAAUAACCGUUUUUCUCUUUUUCUAGCUUAUUUUGCCACUGAAUGGCUUCAACCGUUGUCGUAUAGAGUACUACAAAAAUGUACCCUGGCCGAAAUUGUAAACCAGAAAUAUCUUGCAUGAUAUGGUUGUUAAUAGGAAAGUGCUAUUUGGAGAUAUUGCUCGACCUCAUACAUGCUUGACCUCACAUCAAAUCUCAUGUGGGAGACAUAUUUGGAUAAGGAAAUGCUUUUGUUCAUUAUAUAGUUUAUUAGAAAUAAUAUUUGUGAUUCCCCGGAGCCAAAACAACAUUCUCGGUGCAUGUUUUUACAAUGGUAUGUGGUGUAUGAUAUAGGGUUGACAUUUAAUGAGAAGGUGUAGGGUGAUGUGUAGAAUAGUUAUGUAAGGCCUUUUAUAUUUAGUUAGUUGAUUUACAAAAUGUUGGGCCAGGACAUUCGAUGUAAGUGGUCAGAUGAGUUUUUCUAUAUUCAACUAUCAAAAUAAGAUGCUCUUGAAUUGUUUGAUAGGCGUUACUUAGAAGUUGACGGAUGACAAGGUAGACACAAUUUAUGGAUAACAACUUCUUUAAUACUGUAAAGGCAACGUAUUGGUAUAGAUCCAUACAAGUUGAUCUUAAUGAAUGAUAAAAACUUGACUAGACUUUCGAGCUGUAUAAGUAGUAGGUGUAGACGAUGUUUAGGCACUAGCUCAUCAGAAUCCAACAUCUGAACACCAACCAAUAUUUACAGAAGAAUUCAAGGCGAUCAUCCACCGAUGUUUUCAACGAUGCUUGGUUGUCAAGGAAGUAGUUCCAGGAACCAGUAGACAGCAGAGGUGCAAUCCUCCUAGCAACUAGUAAUUAUUUUCAUGGCACAACGUCUGAUAGUGAAACACAGUUAGGCCCCAAAGCCUUUGUCAAAAGAAUUUUUUUUUCUCUUAUCUAAGUAUGUUUCUUGACAGUUGGUUUUGUAAACCACCUCACCAAAAAAAGAGGCCUGAAUAAUGUUUGUUGUGUGUCCUUGACCAAUCAGCUGGUGCUCAUUGUCUCACGUUGUUACUUGCACUUGUCAUUGCACCUGUUUGAAGCGUCCCAUGUUAAUAUUUUUUUCAUAAUUAAAAAUCAGAUCUUUACUCUGAUAGCUGUCUGCAUGAAGAUCUGAGCACACCUACAUAGGAGGAAGCGCGAGGAGAACUUUCUAAAAUGCAAGUCAGCAACGAUGCUUCUAAAUUCACUGUGUGUGUGAGGGAAGCGUUCAGACAAGCCUAUCUGAUUUCUGUAUCUCGUAUCAGUGUAAAAGAUCUGACUAUAUUUACAUAGCUUUACAUCUGACAUUUGGUGGAAUAUGGAAAUGAGGAAAAGAAUUACGAUUGUUAUACGAUUGUUUGAUUGAAAUGUUACAAUUCUAAGUUAAUUGUUAACAGUGUAAGAUGGAUUUGCACUGACUGUUUGUAGUGCUAUGGAGUGUUUCCAGUGACUUUAUUAACUGACAUCAUAUGGACUGACAAGAAUUAUUAAUAGGUCAUGAUUUCAAGAUACUAAUUGCUGAAUUAAUAAAAUACUUUUGACACACACCUUAGCUUACUCUUAUGAUCACUUAUAACUUUCAGUGAGUUUUGCUGCCAGUAAAAGUAGAGGAAUUGUCUGUAAGGAGACAACAAAAGUUGUGAAAUUUGGGCUCAUGUUCAUAUUUGACCUGGCACUGUGUGAUUAUAAGAAAGUUAAGUUACAGUCACUUAUUUCUGCAAUAUAGGGGUGGUCAGGUAGCCUAGUGGUUAAAGUGUCGCUCGUCAUGCUGAAGGCUGGGUUUGAUUUCCCACAUGGGAACAAUAUGUGAAGCCCAUUUGUGGAGAUCCCCACCGUGAUAUUGCUAAAGCGCCGUAAAACCAUACUCACUCACUCGCUAUUCCAGCAAUAUUUGGUAGCAUGGUCCUCAUUAUAUAAAGUCAAAAACCAGUCAUAACUGUUAAACGGAAACACUGCUAUGUUAAAGUUCCUUCAUGCUGUUCUAAAACUGUUAAAUUUAGAUAUAUGUUUUAUAUUUGAAUUGAUAUUUGCAGAUCCCUUCAUUACACAGUGUUCAAAUUAACACAUCAUUGUACAUACCUAUUCCUACAUCACAUCGGAGACCUGAUGUAUUUUGUAGUCUUUUAAGAAAAUGUGUAGCUGACAAAAAUUCUUUAUACAGAAUGUGUUAUUAAUGUUUCAAUUCAAUAAACUUCAAAUGUA